GAAACGUUCACCGCUUAAUAGUCGUUCGUAUUUAGUUGAAGGCAGAACUUCGAUUUACUACAGAAACGAGUCGGAAGAUGCGGCGUUGGAGAAACACGUGUUUGUCGGCGGUGGCGGUGGGGAGUACGCUGUUGGCGUUAGUCAUUUGUUGUGAUGCCGUGAAUGAAAAUCAAGUGGAAAGUGCAAAGGAGCGUCAAGCUAUAAAUUAUGAAUCGCCUGCACUAGGUCCAGUCGGACCGCCACGCGAUAAGCGUUCGCCUGGCGGAGGUGGAGGUGGUGGUGGCUAUGACGGUCAACCGGGUCAACCGGGUUAUGGUAGUUAUGGGGGUGCUGGUGGACUCGGUGGUGGAUAUCGUGGCGGCGCGGGUGGUUAUGGUGGUGGUGCCGGCCAGCCUGGACAGCCCGGUUAUGCUGGCGGAGCGGGUUAUGAUGGCUUUGGUGGUUCAAUCGGUGGCGGUGGAGGUGUGGGUUAUAAUGGCUAUGGCGGCGGAGCCGGGCAGCCCGGACAACCUGGUUUUGGCGGUUAUGGUGGCGCUGGUGGACUGGGCGGUGGCGGCUAUGGUGGCCCUGGUGGGCGAGGAGGUGGCUACGGUGACUACGGUGGAGCAGGAGGACCCGGCGGUGGGGGUUACGGAGGAUACGGUGGUCUACCUGGUCAGCCCGGUCAACCUGGUGGAAAUGGUGGAGGGGGCGGCGGAGGUGGAGGUGGAGGCGGAGCUGGCGGUGCUCCAGGUUAUCCUGGUUCACCUGGCGGCUAUGGCAAAUGAAAUGUUUUUGUUUAUUAAGAUAAUUAAAGUAAAAUUGAAAAAAAAAAAUAAUACUUUUGUUCAUUAAAUUCACAAAAAUUAAUAAUUUCCAUAAAUUAA